GUUAUGGGAUGUUUUUUAUGUUUCUUAUUUUUUCCGUGAUUGCAGAGAAAAAAAUAUAUUUAAUCGGCAACAGCUGGAAGGACAAUUAACGGAAAAUAAUCUUGUUAAAACGGUGCUCGAUUUGCUCGAAGAAGAUGCUACAGUUUAUAAAUUAAUUGGUCCAGUUCUUGUCAAACAAGAUUUGUCUGAAUCGCGACAAAAUGUUGAUAAAAGAAUAGCAUAUAUAACGACGGAAAUGUAAAGAUUGGAAGAAACAAUGGCGGAUUUCAAUCGAAAGGAAGAAGAGCAAAAACAGAUCCUAAUAAAAAUUCAAAAUUCUCUUAAGCAAAAAAUUCCUAUUGAUAGCUGAUG